AUGAACGGAGAUCGGAUAAAGGCUUCUGCAAUUGCUAAAGCGAAAGAAUCGAUAACUAAAAAUUCAAAUGCGCAUGCUAUGAAAAAAAGAAAGAAAGACUCAUUAAAGCCAAUCAUCACAACCGAGCAAGACUCUGAAUCUUCCAAAAUGGCUUCUACUCAAGCCCGUGCAGGAUCGGCUUCGGGAACAAAUCGCGAUCCAUCAUCCUCUUCCUCGAGAGAAGACGCUGCAGAAACGACUGCAGACGAAGAAGACUCCGAAGAUUACUGUAAAGGAGGUUAUCACCCAGUACAGGUCGGUGAAAACUUCAAAGAUGGCAAAUACACCGUGGUACGAAAGUUAGGAUGGGGUCACUUCUCAACCGUAUGGCUUUCCAAAGACAACGUCACUCAGAAACAUGUUGCUUUGAAGGUUGUACGAUCUGCAGCGCAUUACACGGAAACGGCCAUAGACGAAAUCAAAUUACUCAAUAAAAUUGUUGGUGCUAAGCCAGAUCAUCCAGGUCGAAAGCAUGUGGUUAGUUUGUUGGAUUCUUUCGAACACAAGGGCCCAAAUGGCACACAUGUCUGUAUGGUCUUUGAGGUUCUGGGAGAGAAUCUGUUGGGGUUGAUCAAGAGAUGGAACCACCGCGGAAUUCCUAUGCCUCUUGUUAAACAAAUUACAAAACAAGUUCUGUUGGGUCUGGAUUAUCUACACAGGGAGUGCGGCAUUAUACAUACAGAUUUGAAGCCCGAGAACGUCCUGAUAGAAAUCGGAGAUGUGGAACAGAUUGUGAAAACAUUCGUCAAGGAGGAUACGAGUAAGGACAAGGAAGAUAACAGAAAUGGCCGAAGGAGACGGCGAACUCUUAUUACUGGAAGUCAGCCUUUACCAAGUCCGUUGAAUGCCAGCUUCAACCACGCAGAUUUGAUGAGGUUUCCUGGCAGUAAUCCAGGUUCCCAUGGAAGCAUAAAUGAAAUGCUAAAUAAUAGUCGUUCGAACAAUUCUUCACCCCAAAAAGAACAGGCAGAUGAGGAGAACCACGGGACAAGAGAAAAGACGGCCGAUAUCCUUACAGACAAGGUCUCGGGCAUAUCACUCGACAAAAACUCGGGCGAAAAGAAGAAGGCAGAGGAUGCAAAUCAAUUCGAUAUAAUAUCAGUCAAAAUUGCAGACUUGGGAAAUGCUUGUUGGACUGGACAUCACUUUACAAAUGAUAUUCAAACAAGGCAAUAUCGAUCACCAGAAGUUAUAUUGGGCUCCAAAUGGGGUGCUUCUACAGACGUUUGGAGUAUGGCUGCUAUGGUCUUCGAACUUAUUACUGGUGAUUAUCUUUUCGAUCCACAAUCCGGGACCAAAUAUGGCAAAGAUGACGAUCACAUUGCUCAAAUUAUCGAACUUCUCGGGCCCUUCCCCAAAUCCCUUUGUUUAUCUGGCAAAUGGUCACAAGAAAUAUUUAACCGAAAGGGCGAACUACGAAAUAUUCAUCGAUUACGACAUUGGGCCUUACCGGAUGUGUUGAAAGAAAAGUACCAUUUUAAAGAAGACGAAGCGAAGAGAAUUGCGGAAUUCUUAACACCCAUGUUGGAGUUGACACCAGAGAAGAGGGCAAAUGCUGGAGGAAUGGCAGGUGCACCGUGGUUAGAAGAUACAGCCGGUAUGAAAGGGGUGAAGAUUGAAGGCUUGGAAGUAGGGAGCAAGGGUGAAGGAAUUGAGGGGUGGGCAUAUGAAGUCAGGAAGAGAUAA